AUGUGGUCCUGGCUCACAGGGGCGGGCGGGGCCAGCCAGGCGGCGGCCACACCCCAAGGCCAGCAGUCUGCCACGGCGCUGUUCCGCUACCUGGCGGCCAGGAAUGGGGGCCAGUGGGAGGAGGUGGCCAGCAACGCCGCCGCCCAGCUGUACGACGCUCACGAGGACAGCAACAGCCGCUCGCCAGAGUGGCACCUGGAGGUGGACGGCGCGCAGGACCCGAUCGACACCCUGGUGGACGACAACUUCUCCUUUGAGGCUCGGGAGCUGCGGGUCACCUUUGCGGCGGGCGACGACAUCUGGGCGCUCAAGUUUGGGUCGCCGGGCGCCUUUGAGCGCUUCCUCCAAAAGUACAACAAGGCCGCCUUUGAGAACCGCUUCGGCCUGGAGCAGACAGACGCCAGCGAGGCCAAGCUGUUUGGCGACUUCUCCUCAGCGCUCAACGGCGUGGAGAACGACGAGUCCAGGCAGCACUGGGUGGAAGACAUGGAGACAGACAAGCCAGACGCGCGGGUGGGCGGCCCGCGCCACGCCAGCCUGGCGCUGGAUGCCACACACAGCCACGCCCUGCGUUGCCGCCGCGGCGAUGCCGGCGCCGGGGCCCGGGAGCUGCGCACCCCCACCAAGGACCGCGUGGUGAGCGAGAAGCUCUGCAUGGCCACCAGCGGCGACGGGUACGUGGUGGUGGGCGCCGACGACGGCCGGGUGCGGCUGUACAGCGAGAAGACGCUGACGCAGGCCAAGACGUCCAUACCGGGCAUGGGCCUGCCCAUCACCGCGGUGGACGUCACGUACGACGGCAAGUGGGUGCUGGCUACCACCAAGAACUACCUGAUGGUGCUGAAGACGAGCUACCGCGACCCCAAGAGCGGCAAGGAGCUGUGCGGGUUCACAAGCCGCAUGGGGUCCAACGCACCCGCCCCGCGCCUGCUGCGCCUCAAGACAGAGGAUGUGAAGCUGACCAAGAGCGCCCCGCUGGAGAAGGGGCACUUCACGUGGAUCACCGAGAAGGGGCGGCAGGAGCGCUGGGUGGUGGCAUCCUGCGGCAACUACACCGUGCUGUGGAACUUCAGGUCUGUCAAGGUGGCUGAGCCCGAGGUGGUGUCGUACGGCGGCCUCACCACCGUGACCAAGUACCACCUGGUGCGCAAGAACGAGCACGUGGUGGACUCAGUGUUCAUGCACGACAACUUUGCGCGGGGUGCGGGCAGCGCGGACGAGAGCGCAAUGGUGGUGGUCACCAAGACGCACGUGUAUGCUGUGGAGGGGGAUGAGUCGGAGGAGGACUAG